UACUCGUCUCGGAACCUUGUGCGCGAACAGGGCUUUUUGCGCCUCGGUGGCAGGGCCUUUGUGCAUCACUGGUGUCGUUUUCUUUCAACGGACGCGAUCAAUUCACUGUGCACGUGCUUGGUGCUGUAGAUCUUGUUUAAGGCCUCCCCUUGGCUGGUGAGUCAUGACGCCGCCCGGAAGUGCGACAGCGCCCCUGCUGAUGCUCCUGAUGAUCACGGCUCAGAGAGUGACCUCGCAGGAGCGUGGGCAAUCAAGCAGUCCAGGUGGGGUUCCACAGGGCCACGCAGAGGUCAGUUCCCUCGGCGGCGACCCUCUCGAGACCAAAGCCGAACGGAGGCCAGAUCUCCGGGUACGGAAGGCCUCAAACGAGCAGCCGCGGCCGAUGAGGACCACCUUAUACGGGCCCGGAAGCUUUCAACUUCCACGAGUGAGAGGAACAAGCGACAGAAGAGGAAAUACGAAGGAGGUAGAGACGAGACUCAGGCACAAGGCAGGCGGCGACCGACAGAAGCAGUCUACAGGUAAGAGCGAGUCAAGCAAGAACAAAAGAGGAAGAAUAAGAUUAAUAAGAAGACAGCCAAAAAGGGUAAAAAGGCUGCCCAGAACAACAAUACUGCAAAACAUAGAGUCAAAAAAGGCAAUUCCCAAAAAAGUAACAAAAAACAAAACAAGAAAGCAAAGAAACCAAAAGAGGAAAGGGAGAAGAAGAAAAAGAAAAAAUCACUCAAAAAGAAAACAGGCAAGUCACAAGCAAAAAGGCCCAAAGAUAGAAUCAAGGUUUCAAACACAAAACCGAAAAUACGACAGGUGUCAGACGAGAGCUGUGACUCCAGCACCAAGGUCGGCGUGGGGGAGGUGGUCGCCGUGGAGGGCACCAGCAGCAGGAAGGCCGUCGAUUGUAAACACACGAUCCGGACGCGCAAAGGCAACACCCUGAAAAUGACUUGCCCGAGAUUCGGCCUGUCCCCAGGGCGCUGCAAGGAGGAGAAGGUCGUCAUCAAAGAGAUCGGAAAAGGCAAAUUCAAAAGGAAAUAUUGCAAGGGCGAAAUUCCGGGCGAGGACGUGAGCCAAGCGGCCCUACGGGCAGUGAGCUUCGUGCACCAGAGGGCCGAGCUGACGGGCAAGCAGUGCGCCGUCGGGUUCCUGUGCCUCUUUUCGGCAUCUGAGAUUUCUGGCAAAGUGAGCGAAUGUGGGGGGAAAUACGAGCUACAAGAAGGGGAGUCGAUGAUCGUGGCUCCGGCGACGUUUGGGGAUAAGGUUUCUUGCAAAUACACUUUCAAGAGCCUGCCGGGUUCGACCCUUGCCCUCAGCUGCCCUUCCUUCAACCUCAAUGAACGAGGCUGCGGACGCGAGCGGGUCAUCAUCAGAGAGAAAAAGGCUAAAUAUAAAAAGAAAUUUUGCAAAACAAGCAACCCAGCGAAAGAGCGCGGCCAAACGACCUCCAACCGCUUCACAUUCACUCACAAGAGGAAGAAACUCAAGGAUAACGACUGUGAGAGAGGAUUCUGGUGUCAAGUGUCAGUUGUAAAAGGGCCGACUUCGACGACAGAGCUACCAACUUCUGAACAGUCUACAGUCUCAAAGGGAACGUCAGCACAACUUUCAACACCGAAACAAACACUUACGCAACCAGCAGCGUCAACACAGACAAAUUCACAACCACCAGUUUCGACACAAACAUCCGUGCAGCCUCUAACACCGACAAAGAUAUCAGUGCAACCUUCACAGACAUCAAAAUCGCCACAGCCAUCAACGCAGUCUGCAACUUCGACAAAAACUCCAACGCAAACCACGACAUCGACACAGACAUCGACACUAACUACGACGUCGACACAAACAUCGACGCAACCUGCAACAUCAUCCCAGACAUCAUCGCAGUCUUCAGCAUCGACGCAGACUUCUACGCAACGAGAAACCUCAACCACUGCAACUGCAUUCCAACCAAGAUUCUUCUGCGAGACGUGUGGGUCGGUCCCUUCCGCCUCGAGUGCGAGGGUCGUCGGGGGGCAGGACGUCACGGUCGGGGAAUACCCUUGGAUGGCGCUCGUUUACGUGAGUCGCAGCAGCGGGAAAGUUUCGAUCUGUGGCGCUUCCCUCAUCAAGUCUCGGUGGCUCUUGUCUGCGGCUCACUGCUUCUAUAACGUUGGGUACGAUUUGGUGGCGGUAUUCCUUGGCGACCACGAUAUCACGAAUAACACGGAAGUGCCCACUACCGUUGGAUCCGUCAAGAGCAUUGUCUUACACCCGCAGUAUGACCCCGACACGUUCGACAACGACGUGGCGCUGAUCGAGCUCCGGGCGGACGUCGCGUUCACUCCGCUCAUCGCGCCCGUGUGCCUGGCGGCGGCCGAGGACGUGGAGGGCGCGACGAAGGCCGUCGUCACUGGCUGGGGCGACACGUCCUUCGGAGGCGACCUCUCCCCGGUGCUGCAGGAGGCGGAGCUCGACCUCAUCUCCAACGCCGAGUGUCGAAACUCCUUCCAGCAGACGACGCUCACCAUCACCGACAACAUGAUGUGCGCCUACACGGAGGGCAGGGACGCGUGUCAGGGCGACAGCGGCGGCCCUUGGUGAGGCAGCUCGCCGACGGCCGCUGGGUCCAGCUGGGCGUCGUCAGCUUCGGCGUCGAGUGCGCCAAGGUCGGCAGCCCCGGCAUCUUCACGCGCGCGAGGCUCUACGUCGACUGGAUCAUCAACGUCACGGCGUCAGACAGCUGUUAGGAUGCAUGAUGCGGGUCGAUUACUG